AUGUAUGUGAGUUUUCUUAUAUUCAUGGGCUUACUGCGUACAUGCGUGUCUAUAGAGGUCACAAAUGGAAGGAAACUGUAUAUCCCUCCUCGGGAGGUGCAUGUUCAAGUGAAACAUUCUAUGCCACCACAAAAGUUGGAGGUCUUCAAGUCCUUAGAAGGAUGGGCUGAUGAAACCCUCUUGACUUAUUUAAAACCUGUUGAGAAGUCGUGGCAGCCGACCGAUUUUCUUCCGGAAGCUGAUUCAGAAGGAUUCUAUGACCAAGUCAAGGAGUUAAGGGAAAGGUGUAAGGAACUCCCCGAUGAAUACUUUGUGGUGCUUGUUGGGGAUAUGAUCACAGAAGAAGCACUUCCGACCUACCAGACGAUGUUGAACACCUUGGAUGGAGUUAGAGAUGAGACGGGAGCAAGUCCUACGCCUUGGGCGGUAUGGACGAGGGCUUGGACUGCUGAAGAGAAUAGGCAUGGGGAUCUUCUUAACAAGUAUCUUUAUUUGUCUGGCCGAGUAGACAUGAGGCAGAUUGAAAAGACAAUUCAGUACCUGAUUGGUUCGGGAAUGGAUCCAAAAACCGAGAACAACCCUUACUUGGGUUUCAUCUACACUUCCUUUCAAGAAAGAGCGACCUUCAUCUCCCAUGGAAACACUGCCAGGCUGGCGAAAGAUCGUGGAGAUUUGAAACUUGCGCAGAUAUGCGGGACCAUUGCUGCUGAUGAGAGGCGCCAUGAGACUGCUUACACCAAGAUUGUAGAGAAGCUCUUUGAAAUUGACCCUGAUGGCACGAUCUUGGGAUUGGCUGAUAUGAUGAAGAAAAAGAUCUCAAUGCCUGCACAUUUAAUGUAUGAUGGGCAAGAUGAUAACCUGUUUGAGCACUUCUCAACCGUUGCCCAGAGGCUCGGUGUCUACACCGCCAAGGACUAUGCUGAUAUUCUGGAGUUUCUUGUUGAACGGUGGAAUGUUACGUCUCUGUCAGGCCUUUCUAGUGAGGGACACAGGGCCCAGGACUUUGUCUGCGGUCUACCUGCAAGAAUCCGCAAAAUUGAAGAGAGAGCUCAAGGAAGAGCCAAGGAAGCAGCCAAAAACAUACCAUUCAGCUGGAUUUUUGGUCGAGAGAUCAGGGCUUAA